AUGCAGAGUGAAGCAACUCGACGAAGUGAGAGCACCGUGAGGGACCGAAAGAACCACGCUAAACCCGCUGAAGCAGACAAAAGAAGGGAGCUGGACAAGGACGACACGGAGGAAGAGCGUGAGAUUGGGUUCGAUCAUACUGGAAACCAAAGUGAAAAAGACGGAGAUACAGAAGAUGGAGAGCAGUCCGACGUCGCAAGGGCGCCACAGACCAGGAGUCUCCGUACGAUUCCGUCGCAUCGAUCAUAUGCCGCCAGCGAUGGCUAUACCUACUUCCAGGAGCAGGAUGCGGACCCUAACGCCUCGAACCGUUUUACCGACGAAGAAACAUUUCUCGUGACGUGGGACGGCGAUUCCGACCCGCUGAACCCACGAAGCAUGACUAAACUACGACGUUGGAUCAUAGUUCUCAUCGUCAGUUCCAGUUCAUUUUGCGUUACUUGCACGUCGUCACUGUACACAAGUACCUACGGCCAGAUGGGCCCUGAGUUCAACACUUCCCGGCUCAUAUGCACGCUCGGGCUCAGUCUCUUCGUUGCUGGCUUGGGGACUGGGCCAAUGAUACUCAGUCCUCUGUCUGAAUUCUACGGUCGGCGGCCAAUCUACAUCUGCUCAUUCACCUUCUUCCUCAUCUGGAUGAUACCGUGUGCGGUAGCACAAAACAUCCAGACCAUGCUUGUCGCCCGCUUCCUGGAUGGCCUUGCUGGAAGUGCGUUUUUGAGCGUCGCUGGCGGCACAGUCGGAGAUAUGUUUGCGAAGCAUGAGCUGUCGUUUCCAAUGAUGGUGUAUACAGCAUCGCCUUUCGUAGGGCCAGAGAUAGGACCUCUCGUUGGUGGGUUCAUAGUGGAAAACACAAGUUGGCGCUGGUGCUUCUACGUCCUCCUCAUCUGGUCCGGCGCCCAACUCGCGCUGAUCGUGGCGCUGGUACCGGAGACUUACCAUCCGGUGCUGCUUCGAAACAAAGCCAUUCGGCUCAGGGAAGAAACCGGUAAUCAGAAUUGGGUAGCACCCAUUGAGAAGAUGUCCAGGUCUAUCCCCAAAACAAUAGCCUGGUCCUGCUUGCGCCCGUUCCAGCUGCUUAUCUUCGAGCCAAUGUGUCUCAACCUGUGCAUACUUUCGUCGAUCUUGUUGGGCAUUCUCUACUUGUUCUUCGGAGCUUUCCCUUUGGUGUUCCAGCACAACCACGGGUUUUCAGUUUCGCAGACAGGCUUAAGCUUCCUCGGACUAUUUGUGGGAAUGCUGGCGGGUGUCUCCUGCGAUCCCAUCUGGCGUAGGUAUUACGACAACCUCGUGCAGGCGCAUACGGCGCAAGGGGGGGAGGUCCGCUCAGAGCCAGAGUUCCGGCUCCCAUCGACCAUUGUUGGAGCUAUUAUAGUACCGCUUGCAUUGUUUGGAUUUGGGUGGACCACGUUUUCCUUCGUGCAUUGGAUAGUACCGAUUGUCUUCUCGGGCAUCUUUGGAAUUGGCGUCAUCUGGGUAUACUCUGGGGUCUUCACGUUUCUAGUUGAAUGUUACCCGCAGUAUGCAGCGUCGGCUCUGGCAGCCAACUCGUUUGCCCGCUCUUCAUUUGCAGCGGCGUUUCCUCUCUUCGGUGUCCAGAUGUAUACCAAUCUGGGUUACCAGUGGGCAACGACUGUAUUGGCCUUCAUAGCACUGGCAAUGGCGCCAUUUCCCAUCCUUUUCUACCGCUACGGCAAGAAGCUCAGGGGUAGUAGUCGAUUUGCAACGGGAUGA